GGAAGCGUUGAUGCGCUCAGAGCAGUGCAAGUGACACACACACACCCAUCCACAAAACCGGCAGACACGGAUAAAAAUCACGCCCUCUUCCAUCUCUCGGCCGGCUCCCACUCCCGCAUCUCGUUGAAGAAGCCCGGCACGCGGUUCCUCUUGCCGGCACCGGCCACCUCCCCUCUGUAGCUCUGUGGCACUCGAAAGCCCUCCUUCGGCCGCCUGACCUUCGCCUUAGCCCGCACAGCAGAUGAUUGGACAGCUGGGGCAGGGGAUGGGCCGGCAGCCCGCCAUGGCGAGAGCAUCAUGGGGGCAAGGGCAGGCUUCUUGCUGCCAGGUGGGGGGGUCGAUGGCUGGGGCUUUGGCUUUGCUCUUGCCGCCGACCGUUGGGUGUUGACCUGGUCGGCUGAGGCGCGUAUGCGGUCAUUCAGCCUCCUGAGGUCUUCGCGGGACGGAAGGCCUGCAUAAGGAACGCAGACCGACGCUUUUGUGUGGGGCUUCUUCUGCAUGUGUGGUGCGUGAGUGCCCGCUAUUUACCAUGCACUUUUGUGCUCAAAUGCUCCACAUCAGUGCGGAAGUAGAAAGACACGGGGGCGAAGGAGGUCAGGCCGGCAGUCGGAUCAGCACCCAAAGCAGACGGCAGCUUCGCUGACACGCACACACACACACACACACACAGAGAGAGAGAGAGAGUGCAGAUGAGGGAUGGACACACACAAGGAUGUGUCCUGCCUGUGUGGUGUGGGUAUUGACUCCCACCUGCAUUCAUUUGGUCCCUGUGGACGUUGAGGAACUCAAAGGCAGCUCGGGGCGUGAUCAACGACUGGCUGGCAGGACGAUAGCUGCAGCAGCGAGGACAACAGCCAUGAGUGGCAGCACCAGUGCCAUCCGUCCGUCUGUCUGCGUGCCCACCCAUCGUAUCUCUGAUGGCAGCCGCGACACAGAUUGACCUGCAGUGCCACAACCAGCCCGAAGAUGAUCUCACCAUCCAUCCGCCCCAGUCGUCUAUAACCAUUUCUCACCUUGAUUGCGCCGACCAGCCGCCGUGCAGUGCCCAGCUCAUCGCCGCAGUCAUAGCACCGCCGCGUGAAGUACCGGUGGAUCAUAUCACGCAGACGAGAGGCUGCAAGAAGGCGUGCACACAACGGACGGCAACAUUGAAUGUGCGCACGAGCCCCACGUGGAUGGCCUCCGUAGUACUGUACCUGACAGCUGGUUUUCGGAUCGCACACCCUGCGGCAGGGGCACUUGCCGUGGCAGCUGUCGGUACUUCUCCACCCAUAUCUCACGCGUAUCUGCACACGCUCAAGAACGGCACAAUGACCCUCACCCACCGCUUUGUGCCUUUGCUGCCUACGUGUGAGUUGGGCGAGGCAUUUCUCGACUCUGAAGAGGCGCAGUAGCUCAUGCGGGGCCAGGUGGGCCAUCACUGAACGCAUCACCUCGUCCGGCAAAGCACCGAACGUGAAGCCAUCUCCACGAGCUGAAGCUGAGGACACAGCCGCAUUCCCACUUGUUGCGUCCUCCUCCAGGUCGAUGGUGACGACUUGUCGCUGUCUUGGCCUCCGUGACGCCGCAGACUCCUCAGAGAUGACUGAGGGACAGCCGGUCAUUUGAUUCGGUGCAGCAGGCGGUGUACGACGGGAGGCUACUUGCGGCUGCCGACGGCGGCUGGGCGUCACGUGGGGCAUCUCAUCCACAAUCAAGCACUCGUCAUCGAUGUCCAUGGGCGACUUUCGGUCUGUCAAGAAUUCUUUCCCGGGGAGAUUCGAGACAAACCCCGGAAUGCUUCCAGUCCGCUCGUCAGAUCAGAUUCUGUUUCUGGCUGGAAUGAUGCUAAGCUCGCAGGCGAGUUGCUCCCUGAAAGAGGAAGAGAAUGAAGAGAAGAGGGAGGAAAGGCAAACGACAAUGCAUUCGCCUCUGGGUUCCUACUCUCGUGCAGGUCGUCUUGAAAAGAAAGGAGAGGAUGUGUGUGCGCGUGAUAGACGACUCGCCUC